AUGCUUUUGCGGACUGCGACGCGCUGUUGUUCGCCCCUUUUGAAUAAUAAUCGAUUCGCGCUUUUCAAAAGCAGUAAGAGAACGCCAGCACGAAGAAGUGCGACGACGUGUGCUUUUUUUCCUUCUUCUUCGUUGUUCACUAAUCUUACCACUACCACAACAACUGCUAGUGCUACUGCGCGCGGAUUCCAGGAUCACUUUGCGAGAAGAAGCAACAGAGCGAGUAGUAAUCGAACGCUAUUAACGCUACUGCAGUCACCGAACGGCGGUCGAUUUACAACACGAAGAAAAAAACAUACGGCUGCGAUAUCGAGCACGUUCGUAGUAUAUGCUGGUACAACAAAUACCACCAUCGAUAUUAACGAAAACAACAACAACAACAAGAACGAGGAUAAAAACAUGAUUGUGCAUCCAGAUCGUGUAAUGCUCAUCAACGACCAGCCGAUUCUCCGGGAAGGAAACGGGCCUAUCGUCUACUGGAUGAGUCGAGACCAACGCGUGAACGAUAACUGGGCGAUGUUAUACGCCAUCGAGUUAGCGAACAAAGAGAAGAAACCACUUGUUGUUGUGUUCAACGUGGUCACAAAAUUUCUCGGCGCCGGCGCUCGACAGUUUGGGUUUAUGCUCAGAGGUCUGCGCGAAGUCGAGAGCGCGUUGGAAGAACGGGAUAUUCCGUUCAAGUUGUUACAUGGAGGAGACGAGCCAAACGCGGAGAUUGAAAAGUUUUGCAAUGAAGUCAACGCGAGCGCGGUGGUGACGGACUUCUCUCCUCUGCGAUUAGGUUUGAAGUGGCGCGACGAUUUCGCGAAAGAAACGAAGCGUUCGGUAAGAGUCGUGGACGCGCACAACAUAGUGCCGUGCUGGGUGGCCUCUCCGAAACUUGAAGUUGGCGCUCGAACUUUGCGCGGCAAGCUUGCGAAAUUAUACGGCGAUUUUAUGGUUCCAUUUCCUGAUAAUUUCCCGAACGUUGAAAAUAAAGAUGCCGCGUUACACGCGAAAAUCAAAAGCGUGAAAACGGAUUGGGACGACGUUUUAGGACAAGCGUUGGAACGUGGGAAAGAUGUUCCCGAGGUGACUUGGGCCGUUCCCGGAGAAAAAGCUGCGAUGGCUGUUUUGGAUAACUUUUUAACCAAGCGCAUGAGUCUGUACGGCUUGAGAAACGAUCCAGCAAAGCCUCAAGCGCUGUCCGGGCUCUCCCCGUACUUGCACUUUGGACAAAUUUCCGGACAAAGGUGCGCUAUGAAAGCGCUCGAGGCGAAGAAGGGAUCGAAUGGCAAAGCGGUGGACGUUUUCUUUGAAGAACUCGUCGUCCGACGCGAACUUGCGGAUAACUUUUGCUAUUAUUCUCCCCAGUACGACACGAUUGAGGGUCAAAAAUAUGACUGGGCGAAAGAUACUUUACGAAUGCACGCGGGAGAUAAAAGGGAAUAUACGUACACGUACGAAGAAUUUGAGCAAGCCAAAACGCACGACAAUUUAUGGAAUGCUGCGCAACGCGAGCUCGUGUACGGUGGCAAAAUGCAUGGAUUUAUGCGCAUGUAUUGGGCAAAGAAAAUACUGGAAUGGUCCGAUACUCCCGAAAACGCUUUGAAAUACGCCAUCGCUUUGAACGAUCGUUGGUCGCUCGAUGGAAGAGAUCCGAGCGGUUACGUCGGAUGCAUGUGGUCCAUCGUCGGCGUGCACGAUCAAGGGUGGAAAGAGCGAGAGAUAUUCGGGAAAAUUCGGUACAUGGCUUACAGCGGCUGCGAGAAGAAAUUUAAAAUCCCCGAAUACAUCAAAAGAGUCGAUGCGCUCGUCGAAGCAGUUCAGAAAUGUGAAGUUUCCUAUAAGUCUAAUCCUGGAGCGUGGGAGAUCGGAAGGGACGACGUGUUGCCGAAAGUCGCGAAGAGCGAUAACGACGACGACGACGAGAGGAAGAGCAAGAAGCAAAAGAAAUAA